CUUGAUUAUUUGCUGAAAAAAAAGCUCCGCGUGAAUCAACAGCUGGUAUGUCGAGAGUAGCGCACAACUCCCCUCUCUUCCUCAUUUUCGUUCAAAAGGCAUGAUGUCUUGUCUAGAAGCAACACAAACAACCUGCAGGACGAGAGUGCCACUUGUGCACUAGGCAAGUCAAAAACUCCCGUGCUGUGUUCGAGUUUGGGCUUCCCUUGUCGCUAUAACACGGACAAUAAAAGGCCCAGAACUGAAUGAAUCAACUUCCUUGCUUUGCAUUUUACAAAUGAGAAGGAGCAGCAGCAGUUGAGCACUCGCAUAGGGGGAGCGCGAUGCAAAGGAGUUUCAGCGGAGCGACCGCAUUCGCCCGAACACUGGAGCUUACCGGACCAAAGUCGACUACUUGUUUGAGACGCAGUCCGCGGAGGAGCGAGAUCACUGGGUGACUUUGAUUCAGCAAAGGAUUCUGCAAGCGAAACUGACGCUGGUGGAUGAUUGUGUGAGCAACCCAGACAAAGCCAACUGGAUUCCGGCGUAUAAGACCUACUGGAAAGACAUGCAGGAUGACUAUGAGAUUUUUCCGAAAAUAGAAACAAGUGGAGGAAAAACCGGUAGCGCAGCAGUCACUGCUCGUGGAAAAGAAGAUGAAAACGGUAAUAAUUCUCU